GCCUCCUCCCAAUCACAGACCUUCCUGGUGCCAGAGCUUGGAAGAACUGCCGCAGGGUAGAAAAGACCUCAGGCAGCGCGGCUCGCAGAGCAGCCGGCCCGGUGCCAGGAGGAGGAGACGGCGCUCUGCUGGGGGAUCCUGAAGAUGGCCAAGGACGACUCCACUGUUCGUUGCUUCCAGGGCCUGCUGAUUUUUGGAAAUGUGGUUAUUGGUAUGUGCGGCAUCGCCCUGACCGCAGAGUGCAUCUUCUUUGUAUCCGACCAACACAGCCUCUACCCGCUGCUUGAAGCCACCAACAAUGACGACAUCUAUGGGGCAGCCUGGAUCGGCAUGUUUGUCGGCAUCUGCCUCUUCUGCCUGUCCGUUCUAGGCAUCGUGGGCAUCAUGAAGUCCAACAGGAAAAUUCUUCUGGCGUAUUUCAUUCUGAUGUUUAUCGUAUAUGGCUUUGAAGUGGCAUCUUGUAUCACGGCAGCAACACAACGAGACUUUUUCACACCCAACCUCUUCCUGAAGCAGAUGCUGGAGAGGUACCAAAACAGCAGCCCUCCAAACAACGACGACCAGUGGAAGAACAAUGGCGUCACCAGAACCUGGGACAGACUCAUGCUGCAGGACAAUUGCUGUGGUGUAAACGGUCCAUCAGACUGGCAGAAAUACACGUCUGCCUUCCGGACUGAGAACAGUGAUGCCGACUAUCCCUGGCCUCGUCAGUGCUGUGUUAUGAACAAUCUCAAAGAACCUCUCAACCUGGAGGCCUGCAAACUCGGAGUGCCCGGUUAUUAUCACAAUCAGGGCUGCUAUGAACUCAUCUCUGGACCAAUGAACCGACACGCCUGGGGGGUUGCCUGGUUUGGAUUUGCCAUUCUCUGCUGGACUUUUUGGGUUCUCCUGGGUACCAUGUUCUACUGGAGCAGAAUUGAAUAUUAACCAUAAAGUGUCAUCACCACACCACCUUCCCCCCAUGACUCCGGAUUUGGUGCUGGAACCCCACUCUCCUAAUAUUCCACAUUUGUGCUCCACGGGAACACGUGCAUUCUUCCUCGAAUUACCCAGUCGGUUGGUAGGGAGUUCCUUUAGGCUCUCAGGCUCCUGAAAUUCUCACCACUAGUGUCUUCACCCUGGUCUAGGAUUCUGCAACAUUUUACAGACUGUAGGAAGGGAAGAAUUUAGAAAGUCGCUAAUAAGUCCUCCCAUCUCUGGUUAUUUUUAAUUUGGGUGCGUAAAGACAUUCACAGGAACCCCUGUUCUCACAGCAAGCCGCAUCUGUACUUGGACAGCAAAUCCGUGUUUCUCACUACUUUCCGUCAGCUGACGGCUGUCCAGGUGAGAAGGAAGGAAAAGGUUGCUGAAAUACAUCCAUCUUCUUCGCCUUUGUCCCACGGUGGCCCCCACCUACAGAGACUCAAGUGAUUCUCUAAUGCCACCUCGGGAUCCUUUUCUUCUCCAGGACAACACCCAAUCUCGAGUUAACAAUGGUUGAAAUUUCCUCUCAGACAUUGCCGAGUCAAAAGUGUUUAAGUAACCUCAAUCUCUCAUUAAUUGAAAGUGUGUGGACUUUUUGGGACGAAGCAGGAGCCUGUUAUAUAUUUUCCAGUCUCAACUUGAAAACUCUUUCAAACAGGAGCGAAGCAAGUCAACCACUAGAGGGGUGAUUUGUGGUGAUUUUUGUUUAUUGUCAAAAUAUUUCUCUUCUGAGCUAUGUUUCCAUCUGUGGUCCUGAAGAAGGUUCUUCUAACUCAGCAUCUGUUUGCCUAGUCUUAUAAAUAAAGAGGGCUUUUAAUUAUGUUCA